AUGUAUAGCAAGACAGCUCCUCCCGCUAGUACGUACGAUGAGCCAGGCAAGCCCUAUGCGCUGUUGACCGAGGCAGUUGGGUGCACGUCGGGACCUGGCUCAUUUGAAUGCCUGCAGCAAGUCCCGUUCGAGACUUUGCUCAACGCCUCGAACACUCUGAUAGGUCAACGUCUUAAUGGACAGCUGUGGCAGCCUGCAGUGGGCCCUCCGGGGAGCUUCAUUUCAGCACGCCCUUCCGUACAGAUCGCGAGUGGCAACUUCCUGCACGUACCUAUUUUGGCGGGUACAAACCUCAACGAAGGCACUAUCUUCAGCGAAUCCCUCCUGGGCCUCUCCAUUCCACCAUCCGAGGAGGACGCUGCAUUCGACACCUUCGUGCGCAACCUACUCAUCGACCCGUCAAAAGUGACAAACAGCACUUUCGAUGUGCUACAUACGCUCUACCCCGCGAACGACUCCUCGCUCGGCGGCGCUUUCAACACGGGUGACAGCCUCUUUGACCGCGGCGAAGCAUGGUACAGCGAUAACAUGUACCUCUCGGCGCGUCGGCUUCUGUUCGAGAAGGCCGCGCCCUUCCAGCCGCUCUUCGCGUACUUCUUCACGGAGUUCAUCCCCGGAAACAACCGCACGCUCGGAGUGUUCCACAGCUCCGAGCUGGCGCUCCUCUUCGGUCCGGUGCCCGAUGCCAUAGAGGACGACUUUGCGAAUCAGAUGACGGAUUUCUACAUCAACUUCGUGAAUGACCUCAGCCCGGGCGCCCCGUGGCCGAAAUACACUCUGGAGACCAAGCAAGUCCUGCAGCUCCAGCGCGACAAUAUCACAGUUAUCCCGGACGAUUUCCUGAUCAGCAAGACAAACUUUGACGACUCGCCCGCUGUACUCGCACAGAUGCAGAAAUGA